CCACCCGCACAGCCCCGCAGCAGCAGCAGCGCCUUCCUUCCUCUCCUCGAUUUCGCACCCACCUCCCUCCCUCCGCCUCCGAGCACCACCAAACCCUAGAUCUCGCCACCGGCGGCAGCCAUGUCCAAGCCCUGGGGCGGCGUCGGCGCGUGGGCGCUGGACGCCGAGCGCGCCGAGGAGGAGGAGCGCGAGCAGGCCGCGGCCCUCCCGGCCCCCGAGCCGCCCGCGCCCGCCGGCGGCGCCGCCAGCUUCCCCAGCCUCCGCGAGGCGGCCGCCGCGACCGGCGGCGGCAAGUCCAAGAAGAAGAACAAGGGCACCACGCUCUCGCUCUCCGAGUUCACCACCUACGGCGCCGCGGCGGCCCACCGCAGGGCCGCCCCCGUCGAGCCCCGGGGGCUCACCCCGGAGGAGAUGAUGAUGCUGCCCACGGGGCCCCGGGAGCGCUCCGCCGAGGAGCUCGACCGCUCCCGCGGGUUCCGCUCCUACGGCGGCGGCGGGGGCUUCGGGGGAGGGGAGCGCCGCGGCGGGUUCGACGACGAGGGCCGCCGUGGCCCGGGCAGGAGCUCGGAUCUCGACAUGCCCUCCCGCGCCGACGAGGUCGACGACUGGGGGGCCGGUAAGAAGUUCACCCCGGCGGCCGCCGACUCUGGCCGCCGCGAUAGGUUCGGCGGGCCCUCCCCCCUCGGCCGCGCGGAUGACAUUGACGACUGGUCGCGCGACAAGAAGCCGCUCCCGUCGCGCUACCCCAGCCUCGGUUCGGGUGGUGGCGGUGGAUUCCGCAGCUCGCCGGGUUUCCGCGACUCACCGGGCUUCCGUGACUCAGCGGCUUCCUCAGAUUCCGACCGUUGGGUCCGUGGAGCCACCCCUCUGCCACACAACGGCGAGGGGAUGGGGGAGAGGCCGCGCAUCGUUCUCAAUGCUCCGAAACGUGAUCCUUCGGCUACCACUACGCCACCUGCUGAGGUGGCACGCAACCGGCCAAGCCCAUUUGGGGCUGCAAGGCCCAGGGAGGAUGUGCUGGCCGAGAAGGGGGUGGAUUGGAGGAAGAUCGAGAGUGAGAUUGAGCAGAAGACCAGCCGGCCUACCAGCUCGCACUCCAGCAGGCCAAAUAGCGCGCAUUCCUCCCGCCCUGGGAGCCCUGGUUCGCAGGUUUCAGCAGUUGGAAGUGAGGGAGCACCCAGGGCACGGCCAAAGGUUAACCCAUUCGGCGAUGCCAAGCCAAGGGAACUGGUUCUGCAGGAGAAAGGGAAAGAUUGGAGGAAGAUUGACCUUGAGCUGGAGCAUCGUGCUGUAAAUAGGCCAGAGUCAGAUGAAGAAAGAAAUUUGAAAGAGGAAAUCAACCUUAUGAAGGUGGAUCUGAAAGAAAUUGAGGGAAAGAUAAGUGAUGAUUCUGACCAAGCCUCAGUAGAUGCAAAAAAUUUGGCUGAGAAGAUAACCCAGUUGGAAAGUCAACUUGAGCAGCUUACAAGGGAGUUGGAUGACAAGAUUCGAUUUGGGCAAAGACCGCGUUCUGGUGCAGGCAGGGUUACAGCACUUCCACCUAGUCCAGCAGAGGAACCACAAGCUACAGUUGUGGACAGACCGCAUUCUCGUGGUGGUAUGGAACCACAUGCAAGGCCAGAAGAAAGAUGGGGAUUUCAAGGAAGCAGAGAAAGGGGAUCUUUUGAUGGAAGCAGAAGUUCAGAUAGGCCAAUGACCAGGCAGAGGUGGUGAAAUUGGGACUCCGAGCAUCUGUUAAUUGUUAGGGAAACUUCAGGUUCCCAGUACCUUUUUUGUCUUGAAAAGGAUGGGCAAAAUAAGUCAUUUUGUGUUCGUCUUGUUGUUUGGUCUAGAAGAUUGGAGAGGAUGGAGAUAACUCCACAUGAAGUUAUUGAUUGUCACCUCUGUAAGCUGUAGGAUGUUUUCCAUUUCCCUUUUUGCAGUCUUCCAUGUCAAAACAAGACUUGGCAACUUGCGGUACUAACUGUAUCAUGGUUACUGAAUUCAAGUUCAGCUUUUGUCGCAAGGCGUUUAUUUGGGAAUGGUGGAAUGGAGACCUUGAAUUUGAUGUUUUGUGUCAA